GCCCCUCUCACCCAUGGAUCUCAUUCUCCUUCCCUCUCUCCUUUUCUCUUUGUGGACCUUUCAUUCUUUGUUCAAUUUGUGCUUCAGAAUGCAGAAGCUUGAAUUUCUCUUGCUUCUAUUCCUAGCAAUCUGCCACACCACUUUUUCCAUUCGUGAUGGUUUGCUUCCCAAUGGCGACUUCGAGCUUGGCCCUGAACCAUCGCAGAUGAAAGGAACAGAAGUCAUAGCUCGCAAUGCCAUACCCAAAUGGUCCAUUUCUGGGUUCGUUGAAUACAUAAAAGCGGGCCAGAAACAAGGUGACAUGCUGCUUCUUGUACCUGAGGGAUCCACUGCUAUUAGGCUGGGAAAUGAAGCUUCCAUUAAGCAGAAACUAAAGCUUGUGAAGGGAAUGUUCUACGCCAUAACAUUCAGUGCAGGUCGCACUUGUGCACAGGAUGAGAAGAUCAAUGUGACUGUGAGACCCACAAGUGAGAAGAGUGACUGGGGUGUGUUUCCUAUUCAGACAGUGUAUAGCAGCAAGGGAUGGGACUAUUAUGCUUGUGGGUUCAGAGCAGAUUACCCAGAAGCCGAGAUUGUGAUCCAUAAUCCUGGUGCAGAGGAAGAUCCUGCUUGCGGACCCGUUAUUGACUCUGUUGCCAUCAAGGCCUUGUACCCACCUAGAAGAACAAAUGAUAAUUUGCUGAAAAAUGGAAACUUUGAGGAAGGUCCAUAUGUUUUACCAAAGGCAGAUGGUGGGGUUCUGCUGCCACCUAACAUUGAGGAUGCUCACAGCCCAUUACCAGGAUGGAUGAUAGAGUCUCUCAAGGCUGUGAAGUACAUAGACUCUGAUCACUUCUCUGUGCCAAGGGGCAAAAGAGCCAUUGAACUUGUUGCAGGGAGAGAAAGUGCCAUUGCCCAAGUGGUCAGAACACAGAUUGGCAAGACCUAUGUGCUGUCAUUUGCUGUGGGGGAUGCUCACAACGCUUGUGAAGGUUCCAUGACUGUGGAGGCAUUUGCAGGCAGAGAAACUAUGAAGGUUUCUUAUGAUUCUAAAGGCAAAGGAGGGUUCACUAGAGGGAAGCUUCAGUUUAAGGCUGUGUCUUCUCGCACUCGCAUCUCGUUCUUUAGCACAUUCUAUAGCAUGAAGACUGAUGGCUCUCUUUGUGGACCUGUUCUAGAUGAUGUUAAAUUAGUUGGUGUUCGUUUUUUUAGACAUGCUUGAUUGGAAUUUUGAGUUUGUGCAUUGUUAAGACACAUCCAUCACAUCACCAAAUUUGAAUUUGGAAGCCAUUUGUACCUCCAACAUUUGAUUCGUUUAUUCCAUUAUAAAUUUUCUGCUUAUUAGUUGUCACCAGCCCGUGAGCUGAGAAUUACAUGUUGUAACAUUUGGUGUAUAGAUAAUCCAUUGAAAUUUUAUUUUUGA